AUGGGCGUUGAUUGCAAAAAAGUUUAUAGAACCAUUCAUUUUGGACCAGCUAAAAACAUAGAAUCAUUUAUGCAAGAAAGUGGCCGAUGUGGCAGAGAUGGUGUUGCAAGUAUUGCAUAUCUGGUUUAUCAAGGCAUGCAACUUACACAUGUUGACAGGGAAAUGAAACUUUACCUGGAAACAAGCAAUUGUAGACGCAAAUUCUUAUUGCAAUUUUUUGAUGCACAACUUACUCCCAAAGAACCCCUUCACCUAUGUUGUGAUAAUUGCUCGCAUAUUUGCAACUGUGGAUCUGAAAAUUGUAAUAUACUUUCAUACCCAAACCCAGUUACAGAGGCUUCAAACAACAAGUCUACAAAGCAACAUAAGGUAUCCCCAGAAAAUGCUGAACAGUUAAGAAGUGACCUAUAUCACUUUUAUAAGAGCUUGAUGUCAGAUAUUGUAAAACGAGAUGCUAGUGGCAAAUUGAAAAUUUUCACACAUCCUAAAUUUGUACUUGGAUUCUCUAAUAUUCAGAUCUCACAAGUGAUCAAUAAUGCUGACAAGCUUUUUACAAUUGAAGAUAUUUGCAAUCAUGUGGAAAUUUGGGAUAUACAUCAUGCGUAUAAAGUGUUCAACAUUUUACAAAAUGUGUUUUGUGAUAUGAAUGACAUGCAUUUCCAUGCAAAUCCUGAAGACUUGUUUUCAGAUGAAGAGGAAUACUUACUGCCUGAGGAUUGGAAUGACCUUGGAACUGAUGAAGAACUUGCAAUACUAGCCAUUAAUGAAAUGAGUUUGGAUGAUGAAGCAUCAUUUGAGGUAACAGAUGAUGUUCCUUUUACAGCAUUAAAUGCACUGCUAGAAAUGAGUUUUGAUGCCAUAGUGGAACAGAGAAAUGAACUUUGGUGUAUUAACAAUUAA